AUGGCUAUGAUAGCAGUGAAGAUUGUGUUGGAGAAGUUGUCUUCCCUCGUAGGAGAGGAAGCCAAUCUGCUCGGUGGACUUGGCAAGGAAAUUGAAGUGCUGCAAGAUGACUUGGACAGCAUGAAAUCCUUCCUGCAGGAUGCGGAGGCGAGGAGCGAGAAUGACCAAGCGGUGAGGACUUGGGUGAAGCAGGUGAGGGACGUGGCUUAUGAUGCAGAGGAUGUGCUUGAAGAGUUCUUACUCCGCUUGGUGCCGCCUCAUGGGAACGGCUUCCUCCGUUGUCUUCGCACUUCGUAUCAUCACAUUAGCCAGUCAAAAGCACGACACCAGUUGGCCGUCCAGAUUCAGCGCAUAAAGGAUAGAGUGAGGAACAUUUCACAGAGAAGAAGCACAUUUUCAUUCAAUGACACGAGCGCCGGUACCAGCUUGCAGGAAUGGCAUGACCCACGGCGAGCUUCUCUGUACAUUGAUGAAGCUGAUGUUGUGGGAAUUGAGAACCCCAAAGCUUUGCUAAUGAAGUGGCUCGUCGAGGGAGAACAGAAGCUUACAGCCGUCUCUGUUGCUGGAAUGGGCGGCUUGGGGAAAACAACUCUAGUGAAGAAAGCUUUUGACAGCCAUCCAGUGAAGAGAGCCUUUAAUUGUCAUGCUUGGGUUACAGUCUCCAAAUCAUUUACAACUGAGGAGCUCUUGCGGGCAGCGCUCAAAGGAUUCUUGGAAGCGACAAAAGAACCAGCUCCGGAGGGAAUGGAAUCAAUGAUCGACUUCCAAUUAGUUGAUAAGCUAAGAAAUCAUCUGCAGCAAAAGAGGUAUGUCAUUGUCCUUGAUGAUGUGUGGAGCCCAGAUGCUUGGGAAGCAGUCAAAUAUGCACUCCCUGAUUGUAACAAUGGCAGUAGGAUAAUUUUCACAACACGUUUAAUUGAUCUAGCUGAUUCUAUAGAAACUACUGGUCAUGUCUACCAUCUCCAACCUCUACCAGAGAGGGAGGCUUGGACCCUUUUUUGCAUGAAAGCUUUCAGAGGGGAACGGAGAGGCAUUUGUCCUGAAGAACUUGAGGAGAUUUCUCGAAGUGUCUUGAAGAAAUGUGGGGGACUUCCACUUGCAAUUGUCGUGAUAGGAGGUUUGCUGUCGAAGAAGAAACGGAUUUUGGAAUGGAAGAAAGUCCAUGACAACCUAGCUGCAGAAAUGAAAAGUGAUUGCCACCUAGGAAAUCUCGAAAGAAUACUUCUACUAAGUUAUGAGGAUCUACCGCACCACCUUAAAUGCUGUUACUUGUAUUUGAGUGCUUUCCCAGAAGAUUACUUGAUCAAAAGAAUGAAGCUGAUCCGGCUAUGGGUUUCUGAAAGGUUUGUGGAAGAGAAGCAAGGCCUUACAAUGGAGGAGGUUGCAGAGGACUACCUUAAUGAACUAGUCAAUAGGAGUAUGAUUCAGGUAGCUGAAAUGGAUCAGCUCAACAGGGUUAGGACUUGCUCAAUUCACGAUCUUAUGCGAGAAAUUAUUCAAUUGAAAUCCAGGGAAGAGUCACUUCUUACAGUUGUGGGUGAAAGCGGUGUUGCAGAGAACGAGAAAGUUCGUCGACUAUCAAUCCAUGGUAAUUGCAACAACUUAAUGUCAAGCAUGAGAUUCCCUUAUCUUCGGUCUAUUUUUCUCUUUACACGAUCUUGCACAUCCUUCCGCCGAAGAUUCUUUUCUUGCUUUAGAUUAUUGAGAGUUCUAGAGCUAGAGGGUGUUCCUCUUUCCAGCCUCCCUCCAGAGGUGGUUGAAUUGAUUCAUUUGAGAUAUUUAAGUUUGAGGAGCACAGAAAUAAAGCAGCUCCCAGAGUCCAUAGGAAAGCUUAAGAACCUUGAAAUAUUGGACUUAAAAGGAACUUUAAUAUCAUCAGUGCCUAAAGGGAUCUUAGAGAUGAAACACUUGUGCCAGCUCCGUAACUUCCAUUACCGUUUUGAAUCUUCAACUUAUUUUGGCAACAUAUAUGGCACUAGGGUUCCCACAGAAAUAGGAAGAUUAAUGAGUCUACAGAAACUUGGAACUGUUGAUAUAAACGAUGACAUUGAGCUUGUAAAAGAACUUGGGAAGCUCACCCAACUUAGGAGGUUGGGUGUGUUGAACCUUGGAGAGCAACAUGGAACAGAUUUUUGUUAUUCUCUAGAGAAGCUGAAACACCUUACCACAUUGUAUAUGCUGUCCAAAGGUACUCUUGAAGUUAUAAAAUUAGACUCGCUAUCUUCACCCCCAGAGUUUCUUCAGCGCUUAUAUCUAAAAUGUAGAUUAUUGGCGUUGCCUCAAUGGCUUGCUUCCCUACAUCACCUUGUCAAGCUAGUCCUUCAAUAUUCAAAUUUAAAAGUUGACCCCUUGAAAGCCCUUCAAGGGCUGCGUAGCUUGGUGAUGCUUGAACUUCGACAAGCUUAUGACGGGGAGGAACUAUCCUGUGACAAGUUGGGAUAUCCAAAGCUGAAAAAGCUUUUCUGUCAUCAACUGCAGAGAUUGAAGUGCAUAAAAAUUGCAGAUGGAGCAAUGACUGAGCUGAGGGCAUUGGAUAUAGCAGCAUGUUGGGAGCUAGAAAGGGUGCCAAUUGGUACUGAGCAUCUCAAGAAUCUUCAAGAUCUGCUGCUGUGGGAUAUGCCUUCAGAAUUCUUGGAAAGAAUUGGACGCUUAAAUGGCGAAGAUUUCUGGAAGGUUCAACAUAUUUCAACAAUUAAGCAUGUCUAUAAAAGUGGACAAAGAUGGGCUGCUGAGACUCUUUCGUGAUUAAAAUGACUAGGCUGCAUAGAAUAUUGACAUCUGUCCCUCAGAUGGUGAUUAUUUCUGGAAGGUUCGACUCAUUGCAACAGUUAGAUGUGUACAUUAAAGCGGAGGAAUGAGCUGCAGGGACUUUCAUGAUUCAAAAGAGCAGGCAGCACAAAUAUUGGUGGCCACCCCAAAGGUGCAUACCUGAUUACCUGCCUAUGGAACUGUAGAAAAGAAAUGGUGGACUUGAUGGCAAAGACAUCUCGACGGUUCAACAUAUUCCACAAAUUAGGUCAGCCAAUAAAAAGUGGUGGAAUAUUGGCUGCUGAAACUCUUUCAUGAUUCAAAAGACAAGGAUGCAUAGAAUACUGAAGGUGAUCCCUCGGGUGCAUACCUUACGCACUGCUUCCUCUCAUUCUUCUUCUUCUUCUUCUUCUUCUUCUUCCUCCUCUAAAUUUUACAGUCUUCCAUGUUGAUCGGGGUAGUACACCUGGCAAGAAUAAAGUCACUAGACUGGAUUGGGAAAACUAGUCGAGCUUAUCCCAGAACACCCCAUCCAGGCACACUGAUACCGUCUAUGAAGUAGCCUGCAAAAACCAAUGGAGGAAAAAUCUGCAGCAAUGUCCAAAGGAUGCCAUUGGAUAGCUGCGGGUUGCCUUGGAUAAAUUGAAGGUGAGAUAACCUGCUAGAUCUUCUUGCCUAAUUUGGCAGUUAGUUUCUGCACCAUAGACCACGUUGACCAAAUAUCAUGACAAGAGAAAAUGUAGUAAACUCUUUGUUCUUCUCUCGACAACAUGUUAUAAAUAGUAAAUACUUAAGAUUUUUAAAGAAAAGGUUCUGACAGCAAAA